AUGGCGCCCGGAAGUAACCAGCGCAACGGCCCUCCAUCCCCGGCCCCUACCGCAACGUCUGCCACCUCCAACGACCCGCCAAAACAGAGGCGCGCGAGGACGAGCAAGCCCAAGGUCAAGACGGGUUGCAACAACUGCAAACAGCGGAGGAUAAAAUGCGACGAGAAACGGCCAGCCUGCACGCAAUGUGUGCGCUCCAAAAAGGAUUGUUCUGGUUACCCACCACCUCCUCGCAGUGCGCGACCAUUCGAGGAGGUGCGCAUCGCCCCCAGGCCACGGGUUGGGGGACAGCAGUCUUCUCUGGCCGCCGCACCAGCAGUCCAACCUCCCCAGCCCGCCCAACCUGCACAGGCCACACAGUCCACGCAGCUUGCCCCUCGACGUCUCUCCAAAUAUUAUCACCGAUAUACGCCCCCUCAGACACCCGUUGUGCAACAGAAUUCAAUGACCAUCUACAGGCCCUCGACUUGCCCAGUCCCAGAGCAGGACGGUCUCUACUUCCAGUUGUUCCAGGCCCACACCGCCAACGAGUUGUCUGGUUAUUUUGAUUCCACCUUUUGGUCGCGCCUGGUUCUGCAGGAGUGUCACUCUGAAGAUGCUGUACGUCAUGCCGUUGUGGCGCUGGGCGCCCUGUACAAGACGUUAGACAAGCAUUGUGAGUCGCCGCCAAGCUCGCCAGCAGCCGCAGUCAGUGCCGUCGAUACUGCGUGGCAGCACUGGGAGGUGGCGGUGCGGUCUUAUUCCAAUGCUUGCACGUCACUGGUCAGCGUUGCUGGGCAGGACAGCGGCGCCAACAGGACACGCCUCAUGGCCAGUGUUCUGCUGGCAUGCUUUGACUCCUUCAUAGGUGAUCACAAGCAGGCCAUCAAACAGAUUCAGACCGGUCUGGGUCUUUUGGAGCAAUUACGCGCACAAAGACGGCGGGCUUUCCUUUCGAGACCAGAAGAGCCGGUGGAAGACGAGAUCAUCCAAAUGUUUACUCGCCUGGCGAUACAGGCCAAAUCCUACGACAUGGCUUUCCACUUCCCAAAACCAUAUGUCAUCCAGCUAAUACAACCUUCCACGGACCCAUCUUCGCCUUCAUCAGAGGUGGGCUCGCCCUUAUCUUUGCAUCAAGAUCCCAUUCCCGAACAAUUUGACUCACUCCAUGAGGCGCGGAUCGCAUGGGACACGCUGUGUGAGCAGAUGUUUAGGUUCACCGAAAGGCUCUUCGCCCAGGCCAGCGGAGACGGUCCAAUGGGUGUUCUGCCUGCAAAGUUACGGCAGUACGGGCUUUCAUUCAGAGGCCGGAUAGAGGCAUGGGCGGACGCAUUUGAGCACAUCUUGAGCUCGAGGUUUUCACCUGGCGUGAGUAGCCAAGAGAAAGCGGCCAUCGCUGUCCUCAAAAUGUUCCAAAUAAUGGGGCAGGUCCUCUUCCUCAUGACAUUCAGCGACAGCGAGCAGCACUUCGACGUUUUCCAGCCUCAAUUCAAAACGAUAGUCGACCUUGGUCUCGAAGUCGUGGGAGAUGAGGAGCGACGAGCAGCAGAAAAGAGGUGCCCGGAUCCUCGAAGGUGCCACCAUCACGAUUCUCAGGAGCCAGACAUCUUUGGUGGACAGACUUAUAUGGCCAACCACAUCAAGCCGAGCUUUAGCGCUGACCUGGGCAUUGUCCCACCGCUAUAUGUUGUGGCAACCAAGUGCCGCAGCCCGCUCCUCAGGAGACAGGCCAUCCAGCUUCUGCGUAGCAGCUCCAGGAGGGAAGGCAUGUGGGACAGCGAGCUUACGGCGCGGAUCGGCACGUGGAUCAUGAAUAUAGAGGAGGAGGAGGACCAGCUUCCCAUCAUGACGCCGGGCCGGAGCCCAGCGGACUCAUUCUCGGACGCAGGCGGAUUCUCCCCGCAACCCGCCAGCGCGAACGGAAACGGAAUGUCACCCAAGCCCCGCCAGGCCCCCAACGGCUCGCCCGAGCUGGGCGACAACCUAGGGCCUGGCGGCAACGCGCGCUGGGACAUGCGGCGCGAGUCGACGGCCAGCAGCCUCGCCGCGGCGCAGAGGACGGUCCCCGAGGCCAAGCGGGUCAUGGUCAAGGCAGUCGAGUUCGACCUCAAGAGGCACAGUGCCGUCCUACAGUGCGGCAGCCGGAGCACCGCCGCCGGCAGCCCUGAUCUCAAGACCCGCGUGACCCAGAUCAUCUGGUGA